UCGGAGCACUGUGGUCCGACGUGUGAAUCAUGUUCCGAAAGCAAGCUUCGAACCCCUUUGGGACUGGCCGCCUCCGCCAGGCGGUCGGUCACAAGAUGAAGAACAGACUAAAGCCAUCUGCUUAUGUUCUUUGACUUAAAUAGCACCACUCGCCAAGCACUCAGCUCACGACUUUUGGAUCAAUCUACCCAAUUAUGGAUUACACAUAUGGUCUUAUGGCCUUGCGAGCUCACAAUGUACAUGCCACUGAGCGACGAAUGAACCCCUCAAAGCGCGUAGUCAUUGCUUUUGCUGGUCCACCAGGGAGUGGGAAGUCGACUGCUGCAGAAGCAGUUGUCGAUCGUCUAAACAAGAAUCACGAUAAAAUCUGGGCUCAAGUGCUCCCAAUGGAUGGUUUCCACUACCCUCGCCACACUCUCGACAUGAUGCCUAAUAAGGACGAGGCUUAUGCACGAAGAGGCGCUGACUGGACUUUUGAUGCGCCAAAACUUUUGGACUUUCUCCAGAACCUACGGCAGUCUAGUACAAACUCGUCAGCUAUCAUUUGGGCCCCUGGAUUCGAUCAUGCAUCUAAGGACCCUACAGAAGAAGCCAUUGAGAUUGGACCACACAUCUCUCUUGUCAUACUGGAAGGUAGCUGGCUUUUGCUUGAUGAAGAGCCCUGGAUCGAGAUUUCAGCGAUGGUGGACGACACCUGGUUCAUCGAUGUCGACCCAGUACUAGCACGAAUGAGAAUUGCGCAAAGGCAUGUUCGUGCUGGUAUUGAGCAAGACUUGAUACAAGCCUUCGUCAGGGCUGAUGGGAACGAUAUGGUCAAUGGGGAGAAGAUUCGAACGCGGAUGGUCAAGCCAAAGUUCAAAGUUCACAGUAUCGAGGCUUGUCAUUCAUCAGCACCAUGGACGGUGGCCACGAACCCCAGUCCGUCACAUCAAGACUUCCAUGAUCUGGGCUUGACGUCCAACUAUCAAUACCGUUCCUCGGCUGAACCCUUGACACCAGAAGUUCCUGUUUGAGAUGCCCGCAGGCAAAAGCAAAUGUAUCGGGGUCUCUUGUAUCGAGAUAUCUGGAUGUGCCAUCGGCGGCACUGUUGAUAGGAGACAAAGGGUCUGUGUACUCCAGCUAGGAUCAUAUUGCAGUGGUGUCACUCGAGUGCGAUGAUCUUGGCGCUUGACUCUUGCAUCCUUCGGCAGUUUAUGACGUCAGCAAAGUCAAGGAUAUUCUCUGUCCCGGAUUGCCAAACGUGUCUUGUCGUCCUGUCUUGUACGAAGCUUGUCUCAUUCACAGCAGGAUGUGCGACAUUAAGCUUUCCCUCCCUGGUCGUAUUAGCCUCAACUAACUUUAAUUCUUCAAGCAAGCAAACAGUAACGUAACUGGCUUCUGUCAGCGCCAACUGCUGGCCAAGGCAUAUGCUCGGUCCAGCAUUGAAAGGUAUG